UCAGUGUCCCUCUCUUUGUGUUGGGGAGUGUGGAGGCGAGUCCCAGAGGUCUGGGUCUCCAGCGAUACUCUGAGUGGUGCCACUCCCCUGCGCACCACAUCAGAGAAGGUUCCUUUCUUUUGGAACGCCAAUUGUGCCUUUGCUACACCGUACGUGAAAUUUUGCUCAGUUUUCAUUUUUAGGAUCUGUUUCUCCUCCUUCCAAAAGGACAUGACCUGGAGUAAACAGGGUGGUUACCCUUGCAACUGGCACACUGAAAGUCAUUGUUACACGACUCUGACGAAUGGUCCUUGCCGGCGCACUUAGCACAGACGGGCUGCCCACGGCACACCUGAGAGCCGUGGCCAAACCGCUGGCACUUGUAACAGCGACUCGGAUUUGGGAUGUAAGCCCCCACAUUGCAACUGAGAUUUAGAAGCUCCUUACCACAAACUAGGAAGCCUAAGUGAACAGCGACAUGAAGCUCUGCGCAGUUGUCUUCGUACUUGGCACCAUGUUGGCGGUGGCGUCUGCCGAGUGCCCGAGAGACCGAGGCUUCGCUGUGGCUCUGGACUGCUCUUACACGCUGGACAACGACCCUAUUCAUCGUGCUGUUGCCGAUGCGGAUGAAGCGGACCUGUCAGAUCCGUCAAAAGUCAGGGCCGUCUGCUGUUACCUGAAAGCAGUAGAGAAGUGUUUGAAGGAUGGCCUACAGGGAGAGUGCUCAUACGCUGCUGACGAAUUAUUCCAAGACUGGCGAGAUCAACUGAAAGUGGGUGACCUGUCCUGUGCCGACAUAUGUUAAGGAGCGAAAUGUACAACAUUCCACGGAACUACAUGUGCGAGCGCAUAUUGUACGAAAUAAAUCGACAUAUGGCAUGCA